AUGAUAUUCCAGAGCACGCACCUGGUGAACGAGCUGCAGAUGAUGAACGGUGUGUACCGCGGCCCCUGGUGGACCUGGGUCGGCAAGCAGCGGCCCGGCCGACCGCCGCGACUCUAUCAGGGAGUCGGCGGGCACCAUCAGCAGCGUCCCGCGCAGACGCUGCCCUUCCACCUGGAGCUGGUCUGGCACGAACCGUCCACCUCUGACGGUCAGUGGCGCCCUCAAAUUGGUCAGCUGCAGGCAGGGCCGAACUCCGCGCAACAGACCUUCGAGGGGGUCCCGCAGACGGGUGAGCCGAACUACAGCGGCCAUCAGGCCUCCGGAGAGGUUCACUAUGACGUUGAGCCGAUCGACCCGAGAGCCACUGCGCGGUACGAGCAGCGCCGGUCGACCAUCGGCCAGCGCUUCUUCCGCGCGGUCAUCAGCCGCGCCUCGAGGCUGGUGCACCGGCGGCGAGCCGUCACCGCCCAGGGAGGCGCCGGCGAGGAGGAGCGCGAACAGAGCGCUGCCGCUCCCCGGCAGCAGGGCCGCGGCGACUGGGUGGUCCAUCACCGCGCUAGGGAGGUGGGCUCGGUGGGACCGGCCACCGCCGCCGCCCGCGCCCUUCAGCCCCUUGGUGAGGAGCGUGAGACAGAGCCAUCCGCGGUGACUAGGCUGCAAAAGUCUCCGCUACCUCCGAUAGGUGGACGCGUCAAUGAGCAGUCAGCCAAGCCUGAGGUAGAGGUAGAGGUCGAGCCUGUUGAACAGUUAGUGGAGGUUCAGGAUAGUCUGAGCACAGCAAGUAUCGAUAAGGAGGAGCUGUUUGAGAAGAGAAAGACGUCACAAAUUAUCCAGCCAUCCCCGGUUACCGUCAAGAAGCAGCUGAAGGACCCAAAGAACUUCGAAAAAAGAAAAUCGCUGCUUCCCGGUCUUAUUGUUUCUCAAAAUCAGAUCAAACUUCCAACCGUACAUUCGACCACAUCGCAAAAGCCCUCCACUGAGGUUGAAGUUGAAAAUGCAUUGGAAGCAAAGGCUAAUGAGUCUGAGGCUACGGCCAGCAGCAAUGUCACCUCGGUGCCGGACGCAGUCACGAGGAGUGAGGGAACUGCUGGUGGACCACCCUCUACGCCUAUCUCUGAUGUUCCCAGGGACACCCCUGCGAAGUCAACUCCUCCCGACAGUACGUUCCGCGCCGCAGAAGCUCCUCCGACUCAGAAGCCUCCCACCGAGCCAUCUUCCACAAAAGCUGCCGCCACUCCAUCGCUUCCAACAGCACCCACAAUCGCGAAGGUCUCACCGUCUGUUGGUUCUCAACCCUUGGCGAUGAAAGCGCUAAAGCCACCGAGCGUGGAUGUGUCAUCAGGUCCAGUCGCCAAGUCAGCUGUGGAGACGAGUAAAAGUGAUGAUGAUGAGGUCCAGCAUCGUGAAGCGAGUGCUGCGUCCCCCCAGCACAGUGAAGCUGACGAAGAUGCUGUCAGUCAUGAGGAAACAGAUGAUGACACCGGUCGAGCAGUUUCGAUUUCUGACAAAGGAUCGCCAGCAGGACCAGAAGAUGCGUUCACUCCAGAUGGAGAGCAGGAUCAAGAUGUUUACGAGGAAAGAAGCAAAGAUACCUCCGAAAGAAAGAGCAAAAGGGGUCACCACCACCACCAUAAAAAGUUAAAGUCACACAAAAAGAAGAAACACAAGAAGAAAAAGGGAGAGGUCUCACCAGCGCCAGAUGGGGACAAAGCAAGCCCUGCUGGACCGUCCGGCCUUGCAGCUGAUCCAGUUCCUGAAUGGCUGAAACCAAGUCCUCAGAACUCGGCUGACGAUCAUGCAGCCGACACGGGCACAGGCUCGGUACAUUUCACUCCGUCAGAAUUCAAGAAGCUGGCCGUCGUGCAGAAAACAGACCCUGAAGCUGGGAAAGCUCUGGCCCAUGCCAGGGAGCGCAAAGGGACUAUCGCCACGGCCAUAUCCAAGAAGUUGCACGACAUUAUGCCGAACUUUAAUCCUGGAUCGGCUUCGCAUUCGCCACAUACUCAAAAAGUAGAGGGUGAAGAGCACAUAUCCCUGGCCAGGGCUGUGUCCAGGAAGCUGCAUGACAUCUUACCCACAUUUGACUUCCAUCACGGGGGAUCCAAACCAAAGCCUGAAGCGUCGAACCGUCCGGCUCGCAUGUUGUCCCCUGACCCGGAGGUGGAACCAACGGGAGUGUUCAGGAGGCCGAGCACCGCUCGAGGUCGGGGAACAGAAGGGGAGAGCCGCACACCUUCGCCACUGAGGUCGAUGAACGCGAAUUCUGAUGCUGAGUGGUGAACAAUGCAUGGUAGGGAUUCAACUGAUUACGUACAGUGCUGAUGUUCAUUGCUAGCGACUGUGUAUCUAUAUAGGUACGCAGUGUGUAUCGACGUGUUUAUGAUGCAUGAAUAGAUCAAUAAGAGCGAU